UGGACUGCGAAGAGCUGGCGGACCGGCGGCGUCCGUGGGCCCGGUUCUCAUCGUGGCUCGAGUGCGUGUGUGUGGUCACCUUCGACCUGGAGCUCGGACAAGCCAUCGAGCUGGUUUACCCUCCUGACGUGAAGUUGACUGAGAAGGAGGUAAGUGUCGGUUGAUGCUGGAAGGAGAUCUUGCCAAUGGAGUGACUGUUUUACUCUUCUUCAGAAAAGCAGCCUGUGCUACCUUUCCUUCCCUGAUUCUUACUCAGGUAAAUGUUGUUGCAUGUUGUCACCCUGCCUCAGCUCAUCCUGGACUGCGUUUCAUUCCAAACAUUUCAGGCAUGCACAAACAUCAUCAUCAUCACGGUUCUUGAAAUGGAAAUGGCUUCCACCGCCCUUCUCGUUGGCAUCCGCCUCCCGGAUCUAUGAUGGCAAUUCCCAUCUUUUUUGGUCUCCGUAAAGUCCAACAGGUCUACAAAUCAGCUGCUGCAGCCCUCACAAGGACACAUCACCCCGUCUUAGUAACAAGCGGUUGCCGGUUCAAUCUGGAACGAUCGUUUGUUUGGAACACAUUUCCAAAUCCUUGCGAUGACUUUCCCGGCGGCGGCACGGCGGGCGACCGGUUAGCACAUCCGCCUCACAGUUCUGAGGACCGGGGUUCAAAUCCCCGCCCCGCCUGUGUGGAGUUUGCAUGUUCUCGCUGUACUUGUGUGGGUUUUUCCCCGGGUAUUCCGGUUUCCUCCCACAUCCCGCAAACAGGCGUGGAUCCAUCGGGGACACUCAGUUCAGCUUCAGGAUGCGUCAGUCAGUCGGUCGCAGCCGUUCCAGACUCGCAGACGACGUGUACAACAGAGACGCCGCCGCCGCCCUGCAGAGCGAAGCGUCUCAUUUCUACGGUUACGUUUACUUCCGACAAGUCAAGGAUGUGUCGGUGAAGCGGGGAUACUUCCAGAAGUCUCUGGUUCUGGUGUCCCGGCUCCCUUUCGUGCAGCUCUUUUACGCCGUGCUGCACGUCAUCGCGGCCGACUUCUUCCACCGGUCGGAGCCCUCCCUGGAAACGGGUGAUGUCACGACACACACACACGCAGGCGACCAUGAUGAUGAUGAUGAUGAUGAUGAUGACGAUGACGAGAAUGACAUCUUCCUCGUCCGCGCAGUGUGCAAGCAAAUGGACCGGUGGCCUUUCCUGGCGCCUGGACUGACCUUGACCCUCCCCCUGAUGGAUGUGGUCCUACAGGUCAGAAUUCCGUGCCAGAAUGACAAAGCGGGAAGUCCAGCGAGGGCCACGGCCAAGGAGAAUGCGGUACCGACACGGACUCUGCUGCCUUCCGUCCACGAGCUGGACCUCUUCAGGUGUUUCCAGUCGGUCCUGAUCCAUCUGCAGAUGUUGUGGGAACUCGCGUUGCUUGGCGAGCCAUUGGUCGUCAUGGCGCCAUCCCCCACCGUCUCCUCGGAAACUGUUUUGGCGCUCGUCAGCUCCAUCGCGCCGCUCAAGUUCUGCUGCGAUUUCCGUCCUUACUUCACCAUCCACGACAGCGAAUUCCGAGAAUACACCACCAAGACGCAGGCGCCGCCCAACGUGAUUCUGGGUGUGACCAACCCUUUCUUCAUCAAGACCUUCCACAACUGGCCUCACGUGCUGCGACUGGGAGAAACCACGAAGAUGUUAGGUGACGUCCCGAAGCAGCUCAAGGUCAAGAAAGUGGCCAAACUCAAGACGCUUGACACCAAACCAGGAGUGUUCACGGCAUACAAGAGCUUCCUCCUCAAAGACAAGGUCCUCAUCAAACGUCUGUUGAAGGGCAUCCAGAGACGGAGGCCGUCAGAAGUGCAGAGCGCCAUCUUGCGGAGACACUUUUUAGAGCUGACUCAGAGCUUCAUCAUCCCGCUGGAGCGCUACAUGGCCAGCCUCAUGCCGCUCCAGAGGUCCGUGACGCCCUGGAAGACGCCCCCGCAGAUUCGUCCCUUCAGUCAGGACGAGUUCAUGGCAGUGCUGGAACGAGGCGGCCCUCAGCUGACCUCUGCGCUGCGAGGCGAUUGGACGGGACUGUACAGGAAGUUCUUCAAGUCUCCCAAUUUCGACGGCUGGUACCGCCAGCGUCACCGGGAGAUGACGCGCAAACUGGAGAGUCUCCACCUGGAGGUCAUCUGCGAGGCCGACCUGCUGGGAUGGACUCGGGACAAAUCGGAAGUCGAGAUUGUGGACUUGAUUCUCAAGCUACGAGAGAAAUUGCUGAAAGCCGGAAGGCUGCAGCUGCAGCCGAAAGACGACAUUUUCAACAAAUUGGAAUCGUUGAUCACAUCCAUCGUGAGCUCGCUGCCACAAGACCUGCACGACGUCCUCAACGCACACGCACGCACACGCGAUCACUCCCACUAUAUCAGGACCACGGCAGGGCCGUCACGUCCAGCUGAGAGUCGUCCGGGCCCGGGUCGUACACGGCGGACCUGCCGGCGGCCAGCAUUUUGUUCUCCGUGUCCAACUGCGCCAGCCGUUCUCGUAACCUCUGAGUCGACUGCUGCUCUCGCUGCCUGGCCUUCUCGCAAGAACCCAGAAGAUCCGAGAGCUCCGACACGCGCUGCUCCAAAUCGGCCACCCGAAGCUCCGCGGCGUGAGCGCGCGCCUCCUCCUGACACACCUGCGCGCACACACACACACACACACACACCUACCUGA